AUGGUCCAGCAUUUGACCUACUGCUGUAGGGUUUUCUGCAGUACAGCCUCCAACAACAGCAGAGUGUCCUGCACUCCCAGGAGCAGUAUUGUCUACCUUGACAUCAAGAAGGCUGGGAAGGCACUGAAAUCUGCAUGUGGUGUGCACCCAGGCUAACUGUAAGGGGUUCGUGCUGUGAGGCCUAAAGUCCUGACUAGGUUGUCUAAGAUGAAAAAACAUGUCAGCGGGACCUACAGUGGCUCCAUGUGUGCUAAAAGUGUUCGUGACAGGAUCAAGCAGGCUUGCCUUACUGAGGAGCAGAAAAUCGUCAUGAAAGUGCUGAACGCACACCACAGAGUCAGAAAGCAAAAGCAUGACACUGUUUGA